AUGAUUUCAUCACAUUCGAAUGUCAACAAUGUAAGUCAGGCCACAGACUGUCCUGAAGUUGUGAUUCCUAUUCAGAUCUUCCUGGUCAUUGGCUUUGUGAGCCUGAGUGAGAAUCUUCUGGUUGUUGUGGCGGUAAUUCACAACAAGAACCUGCAUUCGCCCAUGUAUUGUUUCAUCUGCAGCCUGGCAGCUUUUAACACCAUCUCCAGCCUCUCUAAGACCUGGGAGAACAUCAUGCUAGUUUUUAGAGACGCUGGACAUCUCAACUCCAGGGGAACAUCUGAGCUCCGGAUAGACAAUGUAAUGGACACUCUGCUCUGCAUGUCAUUUGUAGGCUCCAUUUUCAGCUUCUUAGCAAUUGCCGCAGAUCGCUACAUCACCAUUUUCCAUGCCCUGCGCUACCAUUCACUCAUGACUAUGCGGCGCACGGCAGCCAUCUUGGCCACCAUCUGGGCCCUAUGCGGUGUCAGCGGGGCUCUCAUGAUUGGGUUCUUUGAAGCCGCAGCAGUCAAGAUAUUCUUUGUCGUGGUCUUCUUCACAGCACUGCUCUUCAUCCUCUUGCUCUAUGUGCAUAUGUUCCUGCUGGCGCGAUAUCAUGCCAGCAGGAUCGCGGCCAUGCCUGGCUCUGCUGGACACAACAAGAAGAGUGGUCUGAAAGGGGCGCUCACGCUCACCAUCCUGCUCGGUGUGUUUGUGGUCUGCUGGGCUCCAUUGUCCCUCCACCUUUUGAUCAUCAUGAUAUGUCCAGAAAACCCAUAUUGUGAGUGCUACCGCUCGCUCUUCCAGCUGCACGUGGUGCUGCUGAUGAGUCAUGCUGUGGUCGAUCCAGCCAUUUAUGCCUACCGUAGCGCUGAGCUACGAAACACCUUCAGGAAAAUGUUCCUUUGCUCUACGCAAGCUCAGAACUUCAUCAGAGAUACAUGUGAAUGUAGCAUUUCAAAUGCAUUACAGAGAGCAUAG